CUCAUUUCGAAUUAGAGCUGAACUAAAUAAUGGCUCGAACAGCAGCUGGAGCAAUGUUGCUACAUCAAUGAUCAAAGAUGUCAAUGAGUGCUUACGUGCUGAUGCAUGUUCCAAGAAUUCAGUUUGUGUCAAUGUACCAAACUCUUUCUAUUGCACAUGUAGAGAUGGAUAUACAGGCAUUGGAACAGCUUGUGAAGACAUUAAUGAAUGUUUAAGUCACAAGUGCUCUAGAAAUGAAGUAUGCCGAAAUACAGAGGGCAGUUACAGAUGUGAUUGUCAAGCUGGUUUUGCUCGUGACGGUUCAAAGUGUGAUGAUCUAGAUGAGUGUGAGGAUGCAAAGAGACUGUCCAAAUGUUCUCCAAAUGCUAACUGUCGUAAUACAUAUGGAUCACAUUCUUGCAUUUGUCAAUUGGGUUAUGAAGGUGAUGGCAGUACUUGUACUGAUGUUGAUGAGUGUGAGCAACAUGGUGUGUGCGAUGCAAAUGCAGUGUGUAUUAACAUUUUGGCAUCAUAUGAGUGUAGGUGCAAUGCUGGAUAUGCAUCUCUUGGAGAAGUGUGCAUUGACAUAGAUGAAUGUGAUGAGAGUCACGAUUGUAGUAGUCACGGUGUCUGUAGAAAUACUGAAGGCUCUUACUUUUGUUCAUGCACGGAUGGAUUUGAAGGCGACGGUUUUCUGUGUGGUGAUAUCAAUGAAUGUGACAGAGAAAUCCAUAACUGUGGUGCUCUUGAAGACUGCCGUAACACUGUUGGUUCAUUUCUUUGUUUGUGCACAGCUGGAUAUCAAAGGAGUGGAAUUCAGUGUAUAGAUGUGGAUGAAUGUGCUGAGGGAAGUCAUAGGUGUGAUAGGCAUGCUCUCUGUACUAAUAUAGAUGGUAGCCAUGUUUGCUUGUGUCAACAAGGGUUUACAGGUGAUGGAACAACUUGUGAAGAUGUGAAUGAAUGUGACAGAGAAGAGGUAUGCCAUCUUAAUGGACGUUGUCGCAACGUAGUUGGAUCUUAUGACUGCAACUGUGUCAGUGGUUAUUCUGGUGAUGGAAGAGUUAACUGUUCUGAUGUUGAUGAGUGUGAAGAGCAAGACAGUUGCCAUGCCAAUGCUCUGUGCACCAACACAAAGGGUGGAUUCAACUGCUCUUGUUUAGAUGGGUAUCGAGGUGAUGGAUUUAGUUGCUUUGCAUUGCCUGAGAAGACACCAAAUUUCAAUAAAAGCAAUGGUCCACCAUGUUUGAAAACUGUCACAGGCAACAGAUAAAAAUGAUAAACAAAAUAAAUGAAUUGAGACUGCCACACCCACAACUCUGAUCAUAAACGAAUUUGUACAAAUAUAUAUCUAUAUUUAUGUAUGUAUGUAUUUAGAUGAUGGCAUCUUUGUUGGUGAAGGGUCAGCUCUGGCAUCACUUAUCAACCAGUUGUCAUUGGUUGGCCCUUCUCACAGUUACAUCUUAAUAUGCAG